GGUGGUUCGGCAUUCGGAAAAACUUCUGCCAGUUUCUGCUGGGGGUGGUACCGUGCCUGCAGGAGUACGGUAACAUAUCAUAUCACACGGAAAGUGCCGGCCAAACGCAACCCCUGGACACGGCGACCGCCCAGCUGGACGAGUUCGAAAAGUACGACAAAAAGGGCAAAAAGGCCGCCCUGAGCAAGAAGAACGAUCACCUCAAACCGGUGGUGCCGAUCAUCAGUAUUGAUCUGCCGGAUUAGCCAACCGAGGAGGGGAAGCUGAACUCAGACUCUGAUGUCAGGUCCCUACUGAUUUCGGUUUGCAACUACUUCCUACUUUCUUCUUAAGGCUAAACAGGCACAAAUUCUAGGGAAGGGAACAAACGACUCUACAUAAUCUAAGUUAUCGGAUCUGCUUGAAGCUGGUUGUAGCUUUGUGUGUAUAUUCCUUCCGAAAGGAGGCCGGGAGGAGACGCAGCUAUGGGCAAGAGUGGUCAACGCACUCGAAGCUUGUGUAUUAUGUGAUUGAUGGAAAACUCCUUGAUUCAUUUGAAUUUAAACUCGCCAUAUUAAUUUCAUUACUCAUAACCAUUUCAUAUCACCCGUCAUUGAUGGACUUGUUUCCCCCUGCUAGGAUAUAUAUUUCAUUCAUUAUUUUAUUCAAAUGAUCGGAUUGUUCUCCGAUGUAGUUUAUUUUAUCAGAUUGCCCAAUCGCUCUAUUUAUUCAACCACAUAAAUUUAAACGUGAAAUCAUUUCAUAUUCGCCAGUCAAGCCACUUCGCAGGGGUUGACGAUACCAAUUUGCGUGUAGAAUGCAAGCCAGAAAACUCUUAAAACAGUCAAUGUUUUGCUGUAGUUUAGUUAGGAAAUUAUCUGGAAUAAUGAAAUACAAAAAAACCUAUAAAUGCGUAUCGUAUCCGUAUACAAUAUACAUGUAUGAUCUAGAACAGAUCGUAUCGUUGUUGAAGCAUCUUGGUGACAAUACCUCGAAGUAGAGGGAGAUGUACUAAUAGUAGCAAAUACUUUGAAUAUACACAUAUACCGUAGCGCAGAAAAAAACGCUACGACAAAACAUGGACGGCGUAAAAAGUUUGUAGUCCAAUUCUUUUUUGUAAGUCGGUAUAAAAAUGUUGAGUACAUAUUCGAUAGAACAAGUUGCAGCGCAAAAGCAUUGUUUAAAUAAAUAAAACAGAGCACAAAUGGCAUAAGUAUGCGAAAUGUGAAUAGACAUUUGUAAAUAAAAUGAAAAAAUCCGAUUUCCACAA